AUGGACAGUUUCAAUGCCACUUUAGAAGAAAGGUUCAUUUUGGUGGGCUUUUCAGAUUGGCCUCAGCUGGAAAUCAUCCUUUUCAUUUUUAUUUCAAUUUUCUACUCCCUAACUCUCUUUGGCAAUACCACCAUCAUCAUUCUUUCCCUAAUAGACCUUCGACUGCACACCCCCAUGUACUUCUUCCUCUCCCACCUCUCUUUCCUGGACCUCUGCUACACCACGAGCACCGUGCCACAACUCCUUAUCAAUCUCCAUGGACUUGACAGGACCAUCAGCUAUGGAGGGUGUGUGGCACAGCUGUUCACAUCUCUUGCCCUGGGAUCCACUGAGUGUGUGCUCUUGGUGGUGAUGGCUUUUGACCGCUAUGCUGCUGUGUGCCACACAUUGGCCAUCUCCUCCUGGGUAGGAGGCCUUGUGAACUCUCUGACUCAGACAAGCAUCAUCAUGACCAUACCUCUCUGUGGCCAUCACCUGAACCACUUCUUCUGUGAGAUGCUUAUUCUUCUGAAGCUGGCUUGUGAGAACACAGGGGGACCAGAG